AUGGGAGCAUUCAACCAACACACUUCAGACAUUAACUCUUAUAAACUGACCCCUAAAAAAAGUAUCGGGAAAAGAAAACAUAGUGAUUCAAUCGACGCCCACCUGAAUUAUAAUGCCAGUUUCAACCCACUAGGCACAUCUAGAACGAGAAUGAUCAAAAAGAACCGAAACAUGAAUCAGAUUUUUGGACAGAAACUAUCUUUAAGCCGGCUCAUAGAAACUUUGGAUAAGGAAAAGUUGCAGAAUUUAGUUAAAAAUUUAAUCAACGAUAAUCCUGAACUAACUGAUAAGAUUAUUGAAAGCUCUCCAAUAAUUACCAUAGACGAUGCACUGAAUGAAUUAGAGAGAAAACUAGACAUGAUACUUGCCAAUAUUCCUUACAAGGUGGAUAUAACAUCAGAUUAUUCAUUUUUACGGGUCAAAACUCUAGUUAAUGACUUCUUUCAUUCGCUGUCAGACUAUUCAUUAAGUUUCUUGCCUCCUGUAGAAACAGACUUUACUGUUUCAAUAAAGUUUUUGAAAAGAUUUUUGUUGGAGAUAUUUCACAAUUUGCCGGACUUUUCCGCCGUUGAGUACAAGUAUUACCGCAACCUAACUAUCGAAAAGUUUAAUUUAAUCCUGGAGAACUCAAUAACUAAUUAUUUGAACGAAAAGAAACAAAACCUGUUACUAUUGAUUAAUGAGAACUGGCUAGAUGAAUUCAAACAGAUUAAUGAAUUGAAUAACAACAGUUUUAUGAAAAUUCAGCUAUUAUUAGAAUCUGAAAUUGACAAUUACUAUAAUUCUGGAUCAUUAAUAUUAAAUACUGAAGUUAGUUCUGCAAUUCUCGACAGUGACAAGGUGAAUAAGUUAGAAGGUUUAGAUAACCUGUUAAACUUUGCAUAUCAAAACCCACCAUUGAAUAACGUUUAG